AUGGCAAUGCCAAUGACAUCCAGGAAAAGGCUGGGUGACAACCGCAAACCAUGUGGUGAUGACUGGAGAGACAGCAUCCAGAGAAUUGAAAGUGGACCUUCGAAGAGCCUCUACAUCAAACCGGGGCAACAAUCCUUAAAAAGAGGAAGUGGAAAGAGACAACAUUGUGUACAAAAAUCUGUGUGUAGAAAAAAAAAUAGAAAGAGAAAUAUGCACGCUUUGGUGAACGCCUUCAUGCGCUGCCUCUCCUUCCUCUUGCCUCCCUCUUGGCUUUGUGUCAGCUUUUGCUUGCGGAUUGGGAAUGAAUGCGAAGAGACGCUGCCGCGGCCCAAUCCCAGAGCUCGUUUCAAAAGCAGAAAGCCUCUUACAUAUGAGGAAGUAGCAGGGGCAGCAGUAGCAGCAGUAGAAGCACAAGGAGGCUCCAGCCCGUCGGUCUCACCAGGUCCAGGCUGCGUCUCGCUGGCUGCUACAAGCCCCGCUGCUCCUCAGGGCCCUCCGUCGGGUCGGAUCUGGAUCGGGGGUCUCUGGCGAGCCGUGGAGCGCGUCUUCGGAGCCCCCUGGGUGCUUCUCCGCCAUCACUGGUGCCCGUGGAAGCGUCGAGCAGCUUUACGCACCCCGUAUCCUGUCUGUGCCUUCGAGUCGAGCGAGAUAACAAGCUUCCAGGGAGGCUCUGCUGCUGCCGCUGCUGCUACAACCGACCGAGGGAAGGCAGCGGGUGGAAGCACCUUGACUUAUCCGAGCAACAUGAGUGGGUCCGCAGGGAUCCCCGAACCGAACCCAGCGGAGCGCGCCUCGGAUGCGUCAGCUGAGCAGGGCAUAGAUGAGGUAAUCACCGUGGAUCAGCACUCGCAGGAGAUGGGCACGGUGACGAUAACAGUGGCUAUUCAAGCGGCAGAGGACGAGGAACCCGAAGAAUUGUCAUCCAACAAUAUUGACUUCCUCGGAGGCAGUUGUAGCGAGGACGAAAUCGGAAGACACGACAAAUCGAGUGGUGCGGGGACCAGUGGAGGGGAGUUGGAGGAGGAGAGCUGGCAGCCCCCAGAUCCAGAGCUCAUUCAAAAGUUGGUUGCUCAGAUCGAGUACUACCUGUCCGAUGAGAACCUGGAGCAUGAUGCCUUUCUGCUCAAACACGUCAGACGCAACAAGCUUGGGUUUGUCAGUGUCAAGUUGCUCACCUCAUUCAAAAAGGUGAAGCACUUGACUCGUGACUGGAGAACAACUGCUUAUGCUCUGAGACACUCAAAGAUACUUGAGCUGAACGACGAGGGGCGGAAGGUGCGACGCAAGUCCGCAGUGCCAGUCUUUGCCAGCGAGUCAUUGCCUAGUCGCAUGCUUCUGUUAAGUGAUUUGCACAGGUGGCCAGAGCUGGCUGCUCUCGCAGGAGUCACUAAGGAUAAUGGAAGCAGUGAGGGAGGAGCCACUCAGCAGGAGCAGCUGAUGAAGCUGUUGCUUAAAGCGUUCGGAACAUACGGCACCAUCGCUUCUGUCAGAGUCCUGAAGCCUGGUAAGGACCUGCCGGCUGACCUAAAGAGGCUGAGUGGCCGCUAUGCCCAGCUAGGUGCAGAGGAAUGUGCCAUUGUUGAGUUUGAGGAGGUGGAGGCUGCUGUGAAAGCCAAUGAAGCUGUGGGGUGUGAGGACGGAGGGGCCAGUUUGCUGGGUUUGAAGGUGGUCCUGAUUGGCACCAAGCCGCCCAAGAAGAAAGUACCUAAAGAACGGCCGCGCGAGGAGGGAGGGAUGCGCAAAAGUCGCUCGCUCAACAGCAGAGUACGAGAGCUUCAGUACCACGGGGAUGACUCGGCCUGCAGCUCCUCAGAUACAGAGAGCACUCCCACAUCACCCAGGCUAGCCAGAAAGUCCCAGUCCUGCAACAAGCUCAGCCCCACCACUGCAGGCAUCAGCUUCCAGAACAAUCACCUGAGUCCUGGGUCCCCACGUAACAGCCCCUGGUCAAGUCCUCGUGCCAGCCCGUGUUCUCAGCGUAAAUCUCCUCAUUCCCACAAGUCUCCAUUAGUCAUUGAGGGCAGACUGAGCCCUGAGCCCGGGCGUCGCUGGGCUGAUUACUCUUCGGACAGUAGCCUUACCCCUUCAGGGAGCCCGUGGGUUCAGCGCCGCAAGCAGGUGGCGUCUCAGGAGAGCAGUCCAGUAGGCAGUCCGAUGCUGGGUAGGAAGAUCCAGAACGCAGACGGCCUGCCACCGGGUGUAAUGAGGCUGCCAAGGGGUCCUGACGGAACCCGUGGCUUUCACUGUGUCACUGUUGGUGAGAGGGGAAAGACUGCAGCCACUCAGACUUGAUCUGCGGAGGAUCCUUAUGCAUUCCUUAUCCCCCAGAGAUAAAACGAUGUUGGACAUUUGAGCUGUUCUUGGCCAUGUCACUCAGCCCCCACCCCAUAUUUUGAGACUGUGUAGAUAUAUUUUUGUUGAGUGCAUCGGUUUUCAGUAUUUGUUAUAUUUUUAUACGACGUUUUGAGUUGACAUGGUAACAUUAGAGAUUUACUAAUGGGAAAUUUGAGUGAAUAUGAAUUGAUAUUGGUUUGAGAGGAAACUUCACAGACACCAUUGAAAUGGAACAUUUCACCUCCAUCGCUGUCUGAACUUGUUCUACAUGGAGCGGGUUGGGGAAAGAAUCUCACUUUCUUUUCUUUUGUUUUUUUUCUUUUUAAAUUGAAGUGUCCUCUGUCUUGACGUAUGCGUGUAAAAGCUCACAACAUUGUCUGUGGAUGCUGUGUAAAUGUGUAAGUGGUGUACCUGGCAUAGGCACAUGGAUUUGAUAGAGAUAUCACCAUAUGCCUUUUUUCUCUGUAUUUGUCUACUGUGAGUUCCAUUUUUACAUGCUAUUUAAACUGAGGCCAUAAUCGCUCCACUGCCAUAAAGGUUGGACAGUUGAAAUUUUAUUUUA